CACAGUGAGGAAAGGUCCAGAGGGAAAAAGCGGACAUAAUUUGUGCAUUAUCUAAUCUCAGCCACUGAUUCAACUCCAUAGUCUGUGACUUUUGGAGUCCUCCAGUAUUUCCAAGUUGCAUCUUCACAUUUAAAGUUUCUGGGGGAAAACGAGCAGGGCAGAUUUUUAGGAAAUACCAGAUGUGGCAGGGGCGUGGAAGGGGACAAUGGGAAUAGAAGCAGGUUUCUUAAGUUGUGUUUGUACUAGAUUUUAAGCGAGCUGAGAACAACUCGCGUUCAAGUAAGCGGCUGAGAGGUGGUCCUACGCAAGAACACGUUUAGUCGUAGAGUACCGGUAACACAGAACUGGUUUAAACCCCACCCUCCGUCUCCCGGCGCUUCUUCAGGGCGACUUUGUCAGUACCCCAAACGGUCCCAGCAUGAGGUCACUCUGCCCGGUCACGUGCUCGAGCCCGCGGGAGCGCCACAUCGCCAGCCGCACCCCUCCACCCCCACCCUGCCCACGUGAGCCGGCCUAGUUUCUCAACGCCCGGCCCUACGCCUAGCUCGGGAGGCCCCGCCCCACGCUGAGCGCUCCGCCCGCGACUCUCAGUCCCUUACCCACCCAGGCUCUACCACGGCCCGUGGACCCACGUGUUUUUUCUUGUCCAAUGGGAGCCGGCGUCCGGGUGCGAAGGGGCGGGGAGGAAAGGGACGACUGCGUUACUUUGCGAGAAGGGGGCGGGACCUGCAACGUCGGACAGAACGAGGGGACGUAACGGAGGGAGGUCGGAGCCGCUGCCGUCGCCAUGACCCGCGGUAACCAGCGAGAGCUCGCCCGCCAGAAGAAUAUGAAAAAGCAGAGCGACUCGGUUAAGGGAAAGCGCCGAGAUGACGGGCUUUCUGCUGCCGCCCGCAAGCAGAGUGCCCCAUCAUCUCUACCCCCAGGGACUCGGAGAUCAUGCAGCAGAAGCAGAAAAAGGCAAACGAGAAGAAGGAGGAACCCAAGUAGCUUUGUGGCUUCGUGUCCAACCCUCUUGCCCUUCGCCUGUGUGCCUGGAGCCAGUCCCACCACGCUCGCGUUUCCUCCUGUAGUGCUCACAGGUCCCAGCACCGAUGGCAUUCCCUUUGCCCUGAGUCUGCAGCGGGUCCCUUUUGUGCUUCCUUCCCCUCAGGUAGCCUCUCUACCCCUGGGCCACUCCCGGGGAUGAGGGGGUUACCCCUUCCCAGUGUUUUUUAUUCCUGUGGGGCUCACCCCAAAGUAUUAAAAGUAGCUUUGUAAUUCCUUGAGCGCCUGGUUUGACUGGGGACUUGGGGGGAUGGGGUUGGAGGAAUGACUGCCCUUUCCCACCAAAAAUGGAGAACUCUUUAGACUCAGAUUGUGGAUAUGUAGGCUUAAUAAGUGAAACAUCACAGAAGAAGCCUUUAUUAUACAAUGACAACCAAACAAGUACUCCGGAUAUGUGGUAGAGGAAUCCUCUAAGAACCAUAGAGACUUCUUUUCUGUGAUUUUUGUUCCCCACCCUUGAACACCAUCUCUGGGAUGGAGUUGGCCUAAGAGUGAAGGCUGCAAGAUCUGUGUUUAUGCCUCUCUUCCUCAUUCUUCCUCAGUUUGUUCGUCUGCUUGAAAGUUGGCCAAAAAAUCCUGCUGCUCACCGACUUCCGUGGUCAGAUGCUGUCAAAUGUUAACAUUCUCUUCUGUCAUUCCUCAUGGAAUGAGGGUGGUUUUUGUCUUCCCUCUUCCCUUGACCUCAAGAUCAGAAUUAAAGCCUGGGGUAGCCUCUGCUCCUUUCUUCCAAUGCCCUGGUUUGUUCUGUGGUUCUGGGCUUCUUAUAUCCCUGUGCCCAGGGCUGAACUGCUUAUUUUCCUUUCUCCAAGGGCAGAGCUGUCUUCAGUCCCUGUUGGUCUUUCCCCACCCCCACUUCCAGCCCAAGAGCCAGGAAAGGGCUGGUGCCACACUGUCUGCUAAAAUCAGCAGUGGUUCCUGAGCUGCUGGUUUGGGAGUUAGGCUCUUGAGCUGGGAUGCAGAUGUAACAGUAGCUCCAGUGCGUCAGACACUGCCCAGCGCAUUAGAGUGUGUUUGACCACUUCUUCCAGUUCAGACAUAGUACUGACUUUAGCCUAAAGGGAAAUAACUCCCCAUUGUAUCCUUGAUGUAUUGAGCUGGGCUGGACAGCUCCCUUUUAGCCAACUCUAGGAGUACAAUGUCAGGGGAGCCCAUUUGUGAAAGGGACUUAGACUGGAGGAUAUUUGUUAUCUGGGGAUACGAUGCAGUGGUGGUGUCGCCUUCGUCGCCUGAAAAUAAGGGGCUGGGGUUUCUGGGUGGGGGACCAACAGAGUGGUGCCAGUAGCAGCCCCAGAUAGAGGAGUACACAGGCCCAGCAUGAGGAAACUUUGACCCAGAAGGUGGCCCAGCUACCCUUGGUGAAGGUCUUUUCCAGUUCUGCUCCCUCAUAGCUGUGUAACCAAAGGCUCUGGUUAGAGAAUAUGAAGGGCCUUAGCUUUUAGACCCGAUCUACCUCGUCACC